CGGCCGGGGAUAUGACUCUUCUUUCUUCACCCAGCAUCCAGCCUUCCAGCUGUCUGUUCCCGGGCACAGACAGGCCGACCGGCGGCCCAUUGGCACCGGGACACGGCUCGUCAUCAGAUCAGAUCCCAGCUCUUGUGAGGUGUGCUGGACAGCAGUGCUGCUGAUUUUGAAUCCGUGGAUGAGAUAUUUGAAGCCAUUGGAGAUGUUCUUCAGGAAGUCUCAGCCUCAAAAAAUGAAGAUGAUGUGCGUGAGAUCUGUCAGAAAAUGUUCAAUACGCUUAAAUUAAACACAUCCAACUCCUCAAAAUCAAAUGUACUGCUGAAAGCACCAAUACAGCUCUCAAAAGUAACCAGCAACUCAGACUACAAAACAGAAGAUGUCAAAGGAAUCUGGAUGAUGAGAAGGGAUAUGGGCACGACAGUAGAUGCGAAGAAACUGGAGAAAGCUGAAGCCAGGCUGAAAGCAAAGCAGGAGAAGAGGACUGAGAAGAGUUCACAGAAGUCAGCAAGCCCCUUGGUUCUCGAGGAAGCUUCGGCCAGCCAAGCUUCCAAUAAGAAGGAAAGCCGCUUGGAAGCUUCGGGAAAGAACAAGUCAUAUGACAUUAAAAUUGAAAACUUUGAUGUCUCCUAUGGAGACAGGGCCUUACUUAAUGGUGCAGAUUUGCACCUUGCUUAUGGUAGGCGUUAUGGUUUAGUUGGGCGAAAUGGCUUGGGGAAAACGACGCUGCUGAGGAUGAUGUCGGCGCGAAGUCUUCGCAUCCCCUCUCAUAUCAGCAUCCUGCAUGUGGAACAGGAGGUAGUUGGGGACGACACAUCGGCCUUACAGAGCGUGCUGGAGUGCGACACACUGAGGGAAGGCCUGUUGCAGGAGGAGAAGGCUCUGACGGCGAAGAUAAAUGCUGGCCUAGGCGAUGGUACAGAGAGCAGUCGGCUGACAGAGGUUUAUGCCAAAUUGGAGGAGAUCGAGGCAGACAAGGCUCCAGCCAGGGCUUCAGUUAUUCUAGCUGGUUUGGGAUUCAAUUCCAAAAUGCAGAAGCAAGUAACAAGGGAGUUCUCUGGUGGCUGGAGAAUGAGGCUGGCAUUAGCCAGGGCGUUGUUUGCCAAACCUGAUCUUCUGCUACUAGACGAGCCUACAAACAUGUUGGACGUGCGAGCCAUCUUGUGGCUGGAAAACUACUUGCAGACCUGGCAGUCCACUAUUCUGGUGGUGUCACAUGAUCGCAAUUUUCUAAAUGCUGUGGCCACUGACAUCGUUCAUCUGCACUCACACCGGUUGGAAACAUAUCGGGGUGACUAUGAGAACUUCGUGAAGACCAAAGCGGAGAGGUUGAAAAAUCAGCAGCGGGAGUAUGAGGCUCAACAACAGUAUAGAGAGCAUAUACAGGUGUUCAUUGACAGAUUCCGAUAUAAUGCCAACAGGGCUUCACAAGUACAGAGCAAACUGAAACUCCUGGAGAAACUGCCAGAGCUGAAGCCUCUUGAGAAGGAGCCAGACGUGACGAUAAGGUUCCCUGAAAAUUUUGAGAAGCUGUCACCUCCGAUAUUACAGAUGACUGAUGUAGACUUCGGUUAUACUACUGAAUGUCCCAUCUUCAAAAACCUCUCAGUGUCUGCUGAUCAGGAGUCACGGAUUUGCAUUGUUGGCGAGAAUGGCGCUGGUAAAACAACAUUGCUAAAGUUGCUGCUUGGGGACUUGGCACCUGUUCAGGGUAUUAGACACGCACACAGGAAUUUAAAAAUUGGGUACUUCAGCCAGCAUCACAUAGACCAGCUGGAAAUGAACAUCAGCUCAGUGGAGCUACUGGCAACCAAGUUCCCAGGGAAGACAGAAGAGGAAUACCGACAUCAGCUGGGAGGUUACGGGAUAUCGGGAGACCUGGCAGUGAGACCUGUUGCCAGUCUAUCAGGGGGACAGAAGAGCAGGGUGGCGUUUGCACAGAUGACAAUGCCCUGCCCCAGUUUCUAUAUCUUGGAUGAACCAACCAACCACCUGGACAUGGAGACAAUAGAGGCACUGGGAAAUGCAUUGGAGAAGUUUAAGGGCGGAGUAAUUCUGGUGUCUCACGAUGAGCGACUGAUCCGCAUGGUAUGCAAAGAGCUCUGGGUAUGCGGCUGUGGCACCGUGAGGAGAGUGGAAGGAGGCUUCGAUGAGUACAAGGACAUUCUGCAGGAGCAGUUCCGGAGGGAGGGAUUUCUAUGAGAACCUGAUCUUUGGUGUGGAAACCACCCCCACCCCUAACCCCACAAUCCA